GUAGGUUUUUUUAUGACCAAAUGUGGAUUUUGAGAGCUAAGGUGUUUUGAAUUUGCUACCUCCCUUCAUGCUGGAAUCUGCAUGUUAGUUUAGUUAUUUUAUUUUUGUUGGAUUGAUUUUUGCUUUUGUUUGGAACAAAUAUAUUGGUUUAACUAUUUAUGUUAGAUUAAUAUUUUUUUAUAUUUGGAACAAGUUUGUUUAUUUAGCUAUUUAUGUUUGAACAAUUUAUAUUUGAUUUUAUAUUUAUAGAAUUUUAGUUAAUUAUAAUUGAAUUUUUAAAAUUUUAUUCAUUGUAAUUGACUAUUAAUUAAUAUAUAAAUUUUUUUUGAUAUUAAUUGGUAGGGAAUGAGCAUCCCUGUUCCCCACAGGGACAAGGGAGGAGAUGGGGGGCAAAAUCUGCCCUUCAUAAAAAAUCCUUGUGGGGACAGGAACGAAGAGGGACUCCUUAAUCCCACCAGGCCCUAUUGCCAUCCCUACCUUCAAGCUUUUUCCCAUCACCCACCAUCCACUUACUUGCCUAUGACUGUCACGCCCCAGAACCCAAUUUCGGGAACGUGGCAAACGCCGUGCACUCGUGAGAGGGUCCCACAAAUGCACAAGGCUCGGAACUUAUUCAAAUCACAAAAUCUCAAGAAUAAAAUCAACCUUACAAAAGGAUGAUAAAAUCUAAGACUUAUACCCCAAUUGAAUGGCUAGCCUUCUAAUUCGUCACUCCCCUCGGUUUCCCCGUCCUCGGUUUCGCUUCUUGAAAUGGUGGACAAGGAAAAACUAUGAGAUAACUCAGUAAGUAAAUAUGGAUAGCCCUUGAGUAAAACUUUUAGCAUGCCAGAUAAACCAUGUAAAAGUAACAGAACUUUCAAUGAUAAACCAUUCCUGCAUAAUAAAACUCAUCAGUAGUCUCAUCUAUAAGUCAUGGCCAGUGUUUAACACACUCCCACUGGCAGGCGUCAGG